AUGGGUAUUGGGUUCGAUAAGGAAGAGCUUGUGAAAAUGCUGGUCGGAGAACAACCCGAAAGGUUGGUGAUUUCGUUGGCGGGAAGUGGUGGAGUUGGUAAGACUGCUCUUGCUAGUGUUGUUUUUCGAAGCGACGAGGUGAAGAAACACUUUGAUUGCCAUGCUUGGAUCAAUGUGUCUCAAUCGUAUAGCUUUGAGAACCUGCUCAGGAAUGAAACAAAGAAGAUCUGCCCGGAAGGCGAAAUGGACUCGAUUACGGAGGUGAUCAGUCGCUUGAACGAAUAUUUGACGGCGAAGAGGUACGUGAUUGUCUUUGAUGGUUUGUGGCAAACGGAUUUUUUGCAGCUUGUGAAUGAUGUUUUUCUGGAUAACAACAAUGGUAGUAGGAUAAUAAUCACAACACGUGAUAAUGCAAUUGCUGCCUCUUGUGAUGUUGUUCAAAAAGUACAACCGUUCUCCGAAGAAAGGGCGUGGGAGUUGUUUUGCAUAAUUGCAUUUAGAUACGAGUAUGAAUGUCCUCCUGAAUUAAAGAACUCGUCACUUGAAAUUGUUAGAAGAUGCAAUGGCUUGCCCCUUCUCAUUUGGGCCGUUGGUGAUAUCCUGUCAACUAAAGGAAAGAUCUUGUCUGAGUGGCAAAUGCUGCUUGCCAAUAUAAUUAAUGAGAUUGGAGAGAAUCAGAAUCCCUCGCGGAUUGAAGAGGUUUCAAGGAUUUUUUAUCAAAGUUAUGGUGAUCUACCUUGUCCUAUUAGAUUCUGCUUUUUGUACUUUGCUAUCUUUCCCAAGGGCUAUCUAAUUCCUGAUCUCAAAUUGAUCAAAUUGUGGAUUGCCGAGGGAUUCAUUAAAGAAGAGACGGGGAAGACGAUGGAACAAGUCGCAGAAAGAUACUUGAAUGAGCUCAUAAACAGAGACUUGGUCCAAGUCUCAUAUGUAAACUAUUAA